AUGAAUUAUGCGUUGACGGGUAAUCGUAUCUGGAUUGGCUGGGAUGACAAUUUUCUUGAUGUUACUGUGGUUGAGUUGAGUACACAAUUUUUACACAGUCAUGUCACUAUCCGAGCUCUUCAGGAAUCAGUUGAUAUUACUGUCAUUUAUGGGGCUACAGAGCUAGCGGACAGAAGCUCACUUUGGGAUUCACUUAGUACAAUUGCCAUCCAGUGCGUGGAUACUCCGUGGCUAGUCGGAGGUGAUUUUAAUGCAGUACGUGAUCUCAGUGAAAUCUGUGGAGCUUCUGGUGACAUACGGCCUGCAAUGGAGGAAUUCAAUUAUUGUAUCCAGAAUGCCGGAUUGUUACCUCUGCCCAUGCAAGGAGAAUGGUACACGUGGCACAAUUGUAGUGCAAGUCCACGUAAUCUAUGGAAGCGACUUGAUAGGAUGCUCAUUAAUGAUACAUGGAUUGCCCGAUUCCCCACAUCCGCAUAUUUCAGCCUCACCCUGCGUACCUCGGAUCACUCACCACUAGUGUUAUGUGGGGUAAGACAGCAGCAGUUUGGAGGUAUGUUCCGUUUUGACAAUUAUCUUACCCUCUCACCAAAAUUUAUUCCCAGUGUGCAGAAUGUUUGGAAACAUGAAGUAGUUGGUGUCCCGAUGUAUGCGGUAACUCGGAAACUUAAAGCACUGAAACCAAUCUUCCGGGAACAAAGGAGAAAUAAGGGAGAUUUAUCGCACAAUGUACAGUUGGCAAAGGGAUUUCUUGAGGCGGCACAAAACCUGGUUAGUGCAAACAGGCAGGAGGAAGUAUCUUAUUCUUGGAGCACUGUUGUCGGAUGGUUUUGGCCAAAGCAGCGAAGCUCGAACAAACCAUGUUACAUCAGAGAGCAAAAAUGGAGUGGAUGA